UGUUGAGGUAGGCUUGUUCAUUUGCUUGUUGCCAAAAAAAAAAAAAAUUAUGUGCCCCCACUUGUUUACUCUAAUCCUCUCGUGCAUCAUGCACACACAGCACAGCUACAUAUGCCACUAGUGCUACUUAAAACAGAGAAUGAUCCAUCACAAAUUCACAAUAUAGAGAAACACAACCAAUAAUCUUAUUCCCACCACAAAGAAAUAAAAAAAGAAUGGAUAUUCAACUAGUUUAUGUAUUCAAGUUGGCGCAAAGUAAUCCGGUAGCCGUUACAGUUGUGUUGUUCUUAGCACUCAUGUUAUUACUAGGCAUUAUUUCAACACUACGGCCAAGACCUUACCCACCAGGCCCAACGGGCCUACCAAUUAUAGGCAACAUGAUGAUGAUGGAUCAACUAAACCACCGUGGGCUAGCCAAGUUGGCCCGACGUUACGGCGGGUUGUUCCACCUCAAGAUGGGCUUCGUCCACAUCAUGGUGGUCUCCAGCCCGAAGGAGGCCCAACUAGUUCUCCAAGCCCAUGAUAACAUCUUCUCCAACCAGCCUGCCACCAUCGCCAUCAAUUACCUCACCUACAACCGGGCCGACAUGGUCUUCGCGCACUACGGUCCGUUUUGGCGCAAGAUACGCAAGCUUUGUGUCAUACGUCUGUUUAGUCGCAAACGGGCCAAGUCGUGGCUGUCGGUCCACUAUGAGGUGGACGACAUGGUCCAGGACCUAUUGGGCCGGGCUGGUUCUCCCAUCAACAUCGGGGAGCUUAUGUUUAAACUUACUAAGAACGUUACAUACCGGGCCGCCUUCGGGCCCAAAUUCUCCAAGGGUGUGGAUGAGUUAUUUGCUAUCCUUCAAGAAUAUUCUAAGCUUUUUGGGGCAUUUAAUAUUGCAGAUUUUAUCCCUUUUCUCACUUGGGUCGACCCGAGUGGUCUUAACGACCGGCUUGUUAUGGUUCGGAGCGCAUUGGACCGUUUCAUUGAUCCGAUUAUUGAUGAUCAUAUGAACAAGAAGUAUGAUAUUCAUGGACAUGUAGAAGAAGAAGAAGAAGAAGAAGAUAUGGUGGAUGAUUUGUUAAAGUUUUACAGUGAUGAAACCAAGAUUAAUGAGUCGGAAGACAUGCAAAAUUCUAUCAAGCUUACUAGAGAUAACAUCAAAGCUAUCAUCAUGGAUGUGAUGAUUGGUGGGAGUGAGACUGUUACAUGGGCAGUAGAAUGGGUAAUGACAGAGUUAUUGCAAAAUCCUCAAGACAUGAAACGGGUUCAACAAGAAUUUGUCGAUAUUGUUGGCUUGACUAGACGGGUUAAUGAAAUGGAUCUUGACAAACUUCCAUUCUUACGAUGUUGCAUGAAAGAAACCCUACGCAUGCACCCACCAAUCCCCCUCUUACUCCAUGAGACUAAUGAGGAUGCUAUUAUUGGAGGCUACUAUAUUCCUAAACAAUCACAAGUCAUGAUAAAUACAUGGGCAAUUGGUCGAGACGCAAACUCGUGGCCUGAUGCAGAUACAUUUAAACCUGAAAGGUUCCUUGAGGAGGGCAUACCUGAUUUUAAGGGGUGUCAUUUUGAAUUUAUACCAUUUGGAUCAGGUAGGAGGUCUUGUCCAGGUAUGAUGCUUGGGCUACACAUGCUUGAGAUUUGCAUGGCAAACUUGCUCCAUUGUUUCACGUGGGAGCUGCCAGAUGAGAUGAAGCCGAGUGAAGUUAGUAUAGAUGAAAACCGUGCCAAAAUACAAAGUUGA